AUGUUGAAGCACGUGCGAUUAUUACCCUAUUCUGACUGCUGCAACGGGCACUUGGUUACAGGUCCGCCCAAAGUUUUGGUGAUGGGAGGGUUCCACCGGUCGGCAGAGCAGGGCGAGUGUACUGUACAUAACAUGCUGGUCGAGGUAGGGGAAGGUAAGUCCAGCAACGGCCCACUAGCCAAGGAGAAACUGGUCGAAUUGAUUGAUGCGGUGUACCAGAAAAUCACCCCCGAGACACGACACGAUGAGCAGAGUGUGAAGGGUCAAUUGAUCCGUGGGACUCUCACCGCGUUGCAGGCAGAGUCGUCUCUCUAUAAGUACAUAGUGACCGUCUCGACGGUCAGUGUUGCUGGGGACCCUGAUCUCAGAGUCUCCAACACGUUAGGUGCAUCGUGGAAUGCCAAAAGAGAUGGCUUCCAUGUGCAGGAGUUCACGUACGAAGGCGACGGUUCGGUCGUCAAGUAUUUGGUUACAGUGUUGUGGCUGCGCCAGUGA